GAAGGAGAUGGAGGCAGGGGAUGAGGGGAGAGGGGCAGUUGAGUCUGAAGGAGUGAAGGAGAUGGAGGCAGGGGAUGAGGGGAGAGGGGCAGUUGAGUCUGAAGGAGUGAAGGAGAUGGAGGCAGGAGAUGAGGGGAGAGGGGCAGUAGAGCCUGAAGGAGUGAAGGAGAUGGAGACAGGGGAUGAGACUCUACUAGACACUACUCCACUGGCUCCACUCCAGAUCACCUGCCUAGAGAAGCAGGUGGUGAUGCUGCAGGCUGAACUGCAGUCUCUCUCUGAGGAGAACCAGAGGCAGGCUGAGGAGCUGACAGUGUGGAGGCUAAUGGCCCAGCCCCUCUGUCUAGACCCAGAGGACCUCACCUCUGCUACCCUCAGCCCUGGCCACAACACUGCUACCCUCAGCCCUGGCCACAACACUGCUACCCUCAGCCCUGGCCACAACACUGCUGCCCUCAGCCCUGGCCACAACACUGCUGCCCUCAGCCCUGGCCACAACACUGCUGCCCUCAGCCCUGGCCACAACACUGCUACCCUCAGCCCUGGACACAACACUGCUACCCUCAGCCCUGGACACAACACUACUACCCUCAGCCCUGGCCAACACAGCAGUGUGAUGGUGAUCAGAGAGGAUGAGCUGCUUCUCUCCUGUACCUCCAGUAGACUGUAUGGGAGGACCCUGGCCUCAAGACUGCAUCACUGCAAUUCUCCUGAAGCAAAGAGUCUCCAAAACCCAUCCAGAAAGAACAAAUCUACACAUCUCCAAGAGACGGAAAAACAGACCAAUGAACAUGGGGAAGAUGGUGAAGAAGCAGACAUCACCAAAGAUGUUUACCAAAUCUCAGAGCUCCAGACCAAGGCAACAGCGCACACUAACCAAGAUGAUUCAGAAAACAAGACCAAUCCAAAUACUCCCAGAGCAACAGAUGAGACCCAGGCCAAAGAAAUAGUCUCAAGGCACAAUCUAGACGUCAUAGAACUAGAUAAGAAAGAGUUCCCCACUCUAUCUCUCGCUGAGGCUCAAUCCACUGAAGCACAGUCCUCUGAAAUCAACCAUUCCAGUCACCAUCAAGAGGUACCAAUCUCCACUGGUGUUGAGAAUAAAAGUCACUCCUCGGUCUGUAGAAAAGUCACCACUACAUCAGAGUGGCGAACUGAGAGAACGAUGGUGGAGACCAAGGUUCUGAGUUCAAAGGUCAUACCAGCAGGAUGGACAGGUCAAGAGAGAUUGAGCUCUGUAGAUGUGAGUAGUACCAGUUCUCAGACAGAGGAGGGGAGAGAAACAGGCACCCUACCAGAAACACACCACGUAUACACACAGACGGAGGAGGAGGAGAAUGAUGAAGAACCCACAGAAUCACCCCCUGUGUCACCAGUCCAGAUGUCUGAGGCCGAGGGGGACAGGAUGUUGUUUUCUGGGUCCUUCCCGAUCCCUGCUGACCCAGCCCGUCUUGCGGAGCGGAUCCGUCGUAACCGGACUCAGAUGUCUGCAGCAUACGAUGAUACGGAAUACGAACCCUACGGCCUGCCUGAGGUGGUCAUGAAAGGUUUUGCUGACAUUCCCAGUGGUCUAGGCUGUCCGUACAUUGUGAGGAGGGGGCUCCUGGGUACUGCUGCUAUGCCCCGCCCCCAGAGAGAUCCCGGCCAGAGGGAGGGGGGGCAGGAGGACCCUGAUUAACCCCCAACAGUGUUUGUACAGAUCCACUGGAAGACCGUCGGAGGAGGAGUUAAUUUCACUGGACCUGCUGUGUACUGACCCCCACCUCCUGCCCUGAUGUACUGACCCGAAUAAAACCUGUUUCAUCUCUUGUGUACUGAAACACCUGAAGAGGGACAACUGUCCCCUGCUGACGUUUAAGACAAGACCUUUCAUUGAGUUAUACAGAGGCUCAUUGGUUUCUAUGCACCUACUACAGUACUGUUCUUUACAAAUCUACUGGUUCAGAUUUCCUUGUUGUGGUUCAAAUGAGAAAUGGUGCCUUGUUUUUAUUUAAUUUUUAUAAGCUACUUUAGGCCAUGGUCCAUUGCCUGUUGUGAAAACUUGAAUUUUAAUUUGAAUAGUCUUAUUUAUAGACUGUUGAAUGUUUUAGUGUGUGUGUUCAUAUUGGUUUUUAUAAGCAGUGGGUGUACAUUUGAGGGAGCGUGUGUGUCGGUUUGUACAAAACUGUACACGGAUGAGUACGUACUGCAUGUGUAGGAUGAUGUCUGGUCGUUAUGUUUUCUCAAUAUUAGCCUGUGCCUGUGUAUGACUCAACCUAACCUGAGCGUGUUUCCUCUCCUUGUAUGGUGAUCCACUGGGGAGCGCUCCUUCUCUUCCCCUCCCUCGUCCCCUCUUUCUGUUCUUUCCCUAUUCAUUUCUCUCUUUCUUUACACGCAAACCUUUUUAAAAAUGGCACCCUCUGUGCUCUUGAAUUUACACAAGUGCUAAACACAUGAGUGAGGUAGUUUAUUUGUAUUUUUUUAGAUACACUAUUUAAAUUGUGCAGGUUUUAGUCUGCUUUUUUGGACUUUUUUAGUUUUUCCUAGAUUUAAUAUAUUACAUUUUUGGGGGGAUAGAUUUUUCGUGCACGUUAGUGAUUGUGCCUUAGUUUUCUAGAUUUUCAGUUGCAUCAAUAAACUGCCCUGGUUUGAAACAAUAUUCACUUAAGAGAUUGUAUAUCAAAUGAAUUUAUAGCAUCUUAAAUGUAAUCUUGGUACUGCCACCCUCAUUGGUGUGCUUUGAGGAAGUGUGUGUGCUUGUAUACAAAACAUGAACUCUUUCCAUGACAGACUGACCAGGUGAAAGCUAUGAUCCAUUAUUGAUGUCUCUUGUUAUAUCCACUUCAAUCAGCGUAGAUGAAGGGGAGGAGAC